CCAUUUGGUGCCGGUUGGGGCGACCGACGGUGUCUGAAAAUAUUAUACCUUAUGUAAUUUAAGACAUGUCGAGCAUAUAGAAUUCUGUAUUAAUACAAGAAAGAAACACACAUAUUUAUAUAUUAUAUGGUUAUAUAAAAUCGUAACAUUUUUUGUUUAAUGAAACUCGCAACAAAUUUUGUAAGGUUCAGCUAUUUUUGUAUAACGACAUCAGGAGCCGAAUGACACUCGUCAAGUUUUAAUACGCCUCUUCAAGACCCUGAAUAUUUAUCUGACGAGGCAGAUGUAGGUUUUUUUUGAAAAGUAAAAAUACCUGUAUUUAAUUUUGUUUCGACAUUCGUUAAUUUUCCAAUAAUAGGUAUCCCAUAAUAAUUGACCUAUAGAAUAAAUCCUUAUUACUUAAUAUUUUUGUGCAAAUUGUACUGAAUUUUAUGAAGCCAUUGUGGUAUUCAAGAGUUGUUUGUUUUAAUAUGUUUUUGUGGUUGAGUGUGCAAUAAUAUUUUUUUUUCGCUAAAAAUAUGGAAGAACUUAAUGAAACAGCUGAAACUACAUACAGUAAUCUUAUCAUAAUGUUAGAACUAAUAUAUUCGCAAGAAGAUUAAGGUUAAAUAUAAACAAAAUUGCCAAUGCAAUGUCACUGUGUACUCUAUACAUUAACAACCACCAUAUUGGUCAAUAAUGUAACAUCUGCCAUAAGCUCUAUCAGUGUAGGAUGAUUUUGCAUAAAUGAAUAGACAUACUCGCUACCUACCAAAGGUGUUACAUGACUUCGAAAAAUGUCGUAAAACAAGGACCGGCUGCGGUCGAGAUGAGAGGGGAUGUAUAGUCGGGUGGACAUCGUCUCCGACGCGGCGCAGUGGGUACUCUGAAGGCUGCGGCGCGCGCCGCAUGCCAACACCGAUCGCGACCUCGCGCGACCCUAUUAUAAACAAGACACCGCCACAACAAGAUCAUAGUGCCACCAAUCAUGUCAACCAACAAGUUCAUCCUCUUCCUUUGCGUCGCAGCGUUCGCGAAAACUGCGUCGCCGACCCCAGUCAACGGAUUCGUGUUUCCCGAUGAGCGGAGAGAAAAGAAACUGGAGCCGAUCAUCACGCCGCCUGUUCUGCCGGUGCUGGAACAUUUGGAGCGUGAUCCGAGUACUCUGCUGCCGAACGAAGUUGGGGGCAAUAAACCCCGGUCUAAUGUGAAGCCGCGGUUCGGUGGAGGCUCGUUCAAUGUGCGCCCUUCAGGGAAUGGAGGGCUAACUGCCAGUGUAAGCAGCAGUGGCAGCUUCGGUGGGAACAGCCAGUCAGCUUCCCAGUCGUUUGCGUUUGGCUUCAACGAAGGCUUUAGCGCGUCGCACUCGGCGAGUCAAGCCGCUUCAUUCAAUGGUUUUGGCGGUUUCAGUGGUAGUCAGGCAAGCAGCCAGGCGGCCUCGUUCAGCGGCUCCGGUGUGUCUGGGGCAGCUUCAUCCUCGUCAGCCCUGGCUGGGGGCUUCGGCGGCCCCUCGGGCAGCCAGAGCGCAUCCUCUGCCUUCGGAUUUAAUUCUCUUAAUGCGUUCCCACACUCUGAUUCCGGGUUCAACGACCCCGUGUUUGACAUCCGCCAUCGUGGUGUACCCAAUUUUCCGUUCCCAAGCUUCACGGGGAGAGGCAAGAGCGUCGGCGCGGCGGCCUUCAAGUCUACCAAGAUUCCUGCCCCAAGAAACCAGGACGAUUUCCUAGCUAUACUCGUCUCGAACUAGCUGUAGCCCGACACAUAGUAAUUAAAGUUCCGAUGGUUUGCUGCAGUGCUAUUCUGUAAGAAGAAACUCACUUUUCACCGCGGAAUUCGCGGGUGUUAUUAGAAAUUUAUUUGAAAUCCGUGGUUCUAAUUUUAAAUCACACCGCGGGUUCCAAAGUGAAAACUGAGUUUCUUCUUACAGAAUAGCACUGCUGAUUCCAGAAUUGGGAUACAUAUGUAGAAUCUUUCGUAAAUCGUUUGGAAAAAUAUGACAUUUAUAAAUUCUUUUCUAUACUCACAUAUUUGAACGGCUGACCUUAAAUUUUAGACCGUGUUUUUAAAAACACGGUCUAAAAUUUAAGGAUUUGAUGUCCUUCCCACCAGCCAAAACUGUUCGUACUUAUGUAAACUGCAAUGUAUAAAGCUUGAAGUAUUUAUUUUAAAAUAAGUAUCAUAGAAUACUGGCAAGAGAUAUCAAUUUUUCAAGGAUGUCCUACUCAAGCCUAUUCAAAUUAUUAUUAUUUUACACAACGCAUAACUUUCCGCCAAUUCCUUUAGGAAGUUGGCAGCUUACCAAUGGUUUAUACACUUUAGUAUAAAUCUCAUGCUUCUCCCACGCCUGCGCUUCGAGUGGUCUUGGUACUAAAUGCGCUAAAUAAGCGUUCGAAAUUUGAAUUGUUAUGUCAUAAUGAAUAAGCAGGCUGCGUGUCUAAAGACGCUAGACGACAUCUUGACUAGCGAUAAUUUGACAAACCUAAAGAGAAAAUAUUACAAGAAAAAAUUCCACGCGGACCGGGCAGAAGACAGAUUUAAACAUCAAGCAGUUACAUGCUUAAAAUCAUAACGCUUAAAGAGGUUUAGGAAAACGAUAAAUUUCUAUGUACAGUUGAAGGAGCGUACUUAAUUCAAAGUUCGAACGUUAAUAUUACCGCAUUUUAGUACCAAACCCACCCGAACCUUCGUCGCGAAGAUACGAGAUAAGAAGCAGUGUAUCAAUCACUACGCAACCACUAACACUUGGCACUAUUUGGGUCUUUGUCGUGAACUAAAAUCAAUGAUGAAAAAUUGCCAACUCAUGGCCGUUAUCUGGUUUAUUGGAAAAUCCAAUAAAUGUAACUAGGAUAAAUAAAUUAUGGACUGGGAGCAAAAAAAACAUAGCAUUACCUAUAUAUUACGUCACCAUAAAAAUAGAGGACACAGUAUGUCAAACAAAGUUUAUGUUUCGGUUGUGGGUUUUGGCUCUUGUAAGCACAUAUUGCUCAAACAUUUCGUAAGUAAUACACAGCUGAUGUGCAAAAUUUGCGACCCAGAAAUACAGAUUACUGACAUGCAAACAGGACAAACCACAUUUUAAUAUCUGUAACACUUUCAUUUAUCCGAUCACU